GCGAAGCGGCUCUCUCUCUGGCCAAGUCGUGUUCGCAUCCACAUCGCCGGCGAGGAGCAGCGGAUUGCCGGAGAGGCGGAGACGCCGCGAGCGCACUCACCAUGGACGAGAAGGAGUUCCGGCGCAUGCUCGAGCUCUUCCCCGUCGUCCGGUCCCGGGACUACUGCGCUGAGCCUGGAACAUCAAGUAGAGGCACCAGACAGCAAUCACAGGUUCAGGAGGCAACAAAGGGCAAUAAAAAGGAUUUAUCUGGAGCAGAAGAUCUGUUUAUGCAGAAGUUGAAGAUGGCUGCUGAGAAAAAGAUUGGAGCAACGAAGGCAGAGUUCUUCUGUAAGGCAUUUGAAGAAGCUCAUGAAAAACUAGUUUACAAAGAGCUGAAUCUUGAUGCUGCUAAGAAGUUUCUGAGUGCGUAUGAGAGCUGAUGAUGGAACAAUAGACAGAUGCUGCUCGAAGUUUCGCGGGUGCCAAUGAUGUAAUUGAGCCUUUGAUCGUUGGGAAACUUUGAUCAGCUGUCUUGUGUGCAGACAGUAGAUGUCACUUAUUGGUAACAAUUACAAUCAAAAACUAUUUUUGGCUACAUUUUUUGGCUUGUUUUAUUCUUCAUUCCUACCACCAAAAGAGGCCAUAUCUCAGUUCA